AUGGAUGAAGACGUUCUCGACACUCCCCGAGAUGGAAUCUACAUUCCCUCGGCUCUGCUGAUAAUGGGAAUGGGCAUUCUGGCCUACUACUUGGAAAAUCCUCUGAUUUUCGUCGGAGGAAUCUUCAUCACUCUGGGCCUGGCUGGUCUCAAGCUCUACCGAGGAUCGGGCUCGACUCUCUUCCGGGGCCAGAACGAUCUCAAUGAUCUCGAGAAGGAGGAUCCCGAGUUCCUCACCGCUCACUCAAAGCUUAAGCUUUACGAAAUGGCUGUUUCCGAGAAGGUGCUGAUCAACAAUGACACCUCUAUCUACACCAUCGAUCUGCCCUCUCCCCGAGACACUUUGGGCAUCAAGCCCGGCCAGCAGAUUGGUGUUCGAAUUGAGUGGGACACCAAGGUUGCUGGAGGAGCCGGGGUUGCCAUCAAGCAUUUUUACCCGAUUCAGAUCCGACCUGGAUCUUUUGACAUUGUCGUUCGGCACAACCGAACCCCUCUUAACCUGCAGUACAAACACAACAACGUGGGAGGCAGUGAGGACAUGGUCGGUCGAUAUCUUGAUGGAAUGAAGGUCAACCAGCACGUCAAGGUCAUUGGCCCCAUUGGCAAGCCCUACUACACCCACAACAUGGUUAAGGAGCUGCUCAUGGUCUGCAGAGACACUGGCAUCCAGGCCAUGCUGCCCAUCAUCAACGAGAUUAUCUACACUCCCGAGGAUCUCACUUGGAUCAACCUGAUCUGGGAGACUGAGACUGCUGAUGCCGCUUUUGUCCACGACGAUCUGGCUGAGAUUGCCCGUGUGUACCCUCGAAUCAAGAUCCGACAUGUUAUCACUGGCCCCGGACAAGUCUCUGAAGAGACCCCUGCCUCCACGUACGAUGGUCGUCUGGGCUACUCGUUUGGCUCUCCCAUCUCUGAGAAGCAUGUCAACGAGCUACACGACUCCAAGCUCGAAUACGACGAGUCCCUAGUGAUCGUUUCUGGAAAGAACCCUGAUGAUUCCCUUCAUCUUUCCACCGAGGCAGGCAAGACCGGCCUUCGAGCUAUUGUUGUUUAA